AUGUCAAAUUUCAAAGAAAUUCGUACUAUAAAAACAAGAUUUGGAAUUAAUGUUUUGAAAUAUAAAUCCAUUAAAACUGGAUUAUCUGUUGUUCUUGUCGAUGUUGAAGCUCCUAUGGUCAGUGGAUUUUUUGCAAUCCCGACUGAAGCGACGGAUGAUGACGGAUGUCCUCACACUUUAGAGCAUUUAGUAUUCCUUGGUAGUGAAUUAUAUCCAUAUAAGGGUGUAUUAGACACUUUGGCAAAUCGUGCAUUUGCGCAAGGGACCAAUGCUUGGACAGAAACAGAUCAUACGUGCUACACUAUUACAACUGCUGGCAGUGAAGGAUUCCUGAAAUUAUUACCUAUUUUUGUGGAUCAUAUUCUAUAUCCUACUUUAACUGAAAGUGCUCAUUAUACUGAGGUCCAUCAUAUAAACGGAAAGGGUGAAGAUGCUGGCUGUGGGUAUCGUAGCGAAACCGGUGGUUUAAUGGAAUGUCUUAGACAUCUUGGCGUUGAAAAAAUUCGUCAAUUUCAUUAUAAUUAUUAUAGGCCUAAUAAUCUAUGUCUAAUUAUCACGGGUAAACUUCCACAUUCAGAAUUAUUUAAAGUUCUCGAUCCCUUGGAUGAAAGAAUUGCAUCUAAAGGAGAGUUGCCUCCAUGUAAACGACCAUUUGUUGAUUCUGUACCAAUUCCAUUACUUGAAAAAUCUAUACAGGAGACUGUUGAAUUUCCUGAUGAAGAUGAGAGUAUGGGUCGAGUUGUAAUUGCUUGGCUUGGUCCCACAAUUGAUGAAUUUUUGGAUCUUAGAGCGUUGGAGAUUUUAUAUGAUUAUCUGUCAGACUCUGCAAUUUCAGUAUUACAAAAAGAAUUUGUUGAAAUCGAAGAUCCAAUAUGCACAGACAUUGAUAUCGCUACAGAUGAGCAAACUCGGACAGCAAUCCUUGCAUCUUUUGAAAAUGUUCCAACGGAGGAAUUAGAAGAUCUUGUUACUGAAUUAUUUGAUGUAUUUGAAAGAAUCGUUAAUAAAGAUGGAAUUGAUAUGGAUCGCAUGAAAAUUGUAAUUCAACGUGAUAAAUUGAAGACUUUGAAUGAAAUUGAAAUAAAUCCACAUGAAAUAUUCUCUGGCCUUUGUAUUGUAGAUCAUGUAUAUGGAAAACAAACUGGUGAAGAUCUUGAAAAGGCUGUUAAAGAUCUAAAUUAUUAUGAUCAAAUUGCAAAUUUUUCUGAGAAACAAUGGAUUGAAUAUUUGAAAAAGUAUUUUAUUGAUAAUCCUCACAUCGCGUUAUUGGGAAGUCCAUCCGCAAAAUUUUCAAAGACACUUUCUGAUGAUGAAAUUAAACGUGUUGAAAAACAACGUGAAAUGUUAGGCCCUGAAAAAUUGAAAGAAUUAGAAAGAAAGUUGGAAAAUGCAAAAAAAUUCAAUGAACAGCCCAUCCCACCUCAAAUAAUUGAAAGUUUUCCAGUUCCAAAUGUUAAAAGUAUAACAUUUAUAAAUGUUAUUACCGGUCGGAAUAAAUCAGAAGGAAAACUCAAAAAUAUCGUUCAAGAUUAUCUUGAUCGUGAUAAUUUGGUAGACAUUCCAUACUUUAUUCAAUAUGAUCAUAUUAAUUCUGCGUUCAUAACUAUUUCUGUUUAUAUCACCACAGCGUCUAUUCCCGUCCAUCUUCGUCCAUACCUAGAAAUUUAUCUUGAAUCAUUCUAUAGCUUACCAUUAAAUAGACCUAAUGGUGAACAUCUAACAUUUGAACAAAUGGUUAAUGAAUUAAAUAAAGAUACUAUUAGUUAUGAUUAUAGCAUGGGAAUUAAAGGAUUUGAAGGAAUGAUUUGUUUUUCUAUUAAAGUUGAGGCUUUUAAAUAUGCAGUUGGAAUUCAAUGGUUACGUGAUUUGUUGUGGAAUACUGAAUUUACUGCAGAAAGGCUUAAAAUCUGUGCUUCAAAAUUACUUAAUGAUAUUCCACAGACUAAACGAGAAGGGUAUGAUUACGUAUUAAACAUUUUGAAUCAAGAAAAAGUCUUACCUGAAGUUAUUAAAUUAUUGGAAGAAAAUCCGACAAAAGCUAUUGAAAUGAUUCAUGUGUUUGGAGAUAUUUUAAAGUUGCAGAACCCUAAAAGUACUUGGGAAGAAAAUUUUAAGAUUAUUCCAAGUACAAAACCUUUAUCUCCCGUUCCAUUACCACAACAUGUCUUGACUGAAUUAGGACAUAAUCCUGGCAAUAAAGGGUUAAUCGUUAAACUUCCUACUAUUGAGAAUACUUAUGCUAUUCAUGCAACAAAAGGUCCAACUACAUUUGAUUCUCCAGACCUAGCUCCAUUACUUGUACUAUGUGAACUUUUACACACGAUGGAAGGUGUAUUUUGGAGAGCAAUUCGCGGUCAGGGAUUAGCUUAUAGUACUUGGCUUACAGUUGGAGCAGAAUCAGGUCUUAUUUAUUUUUCAAUAUUUAAGUCACCUGAUACAUCUGAAGUUUAUAAUCAAGCCAAAAAAAUUAUAAAUGAUUUGGCUUCUAGAAAGGUUGAAUUUGAUAGGUCUGAAUUGGAAGGUGCAAAAAGUGGUGUCAUUUAUAGUCUUGUCAGUAAUGAGGAUAACAUUCAAAAAGCGGCUACAGAAUCUUUUGUUUUGCAAGUUUUAAAGAAUUUGGAUUCUGGUUUUAAUAGAGAAUUAAUUGCAAAAGUUCAGGCGGUGAAAUAUGAAGAUCUUCAUAUUAUGUUAACAAAAUAUAUAACAAAUUUAUUUAAACCUGAAACUUCAAAUGUUGUAGUUAUUUCAGCUCCUAAUAAAGUUAAGGAUGUACAAGAAGGAUUUGAUACUUAUGGAUUUAAGAUGGAAAUUAAAAGUUUAGAUAAUAUUAUUACAAAUUAG